UCGAGUUAUCUAGGUUAGUAUUUAUUGCUUUAUCGAAAGAUAAAUUGUGAAUUUAAUGUUGAUCAAGUCUCAGUUACUAAAGGAUUGGAAUAUUGGCCGAAUUAGAAAAUCCGACGAAAUGGCCCUAGAGACACCAUGGCUGAAUUUAAACUUCGUUGAAAAGAUUCUGCAAAAGUCGGAAAGUGACAAUACAAUUCAGAUGAUCGAUAUAUUCUCAAAACCGGCCACGAGCAAGGGUGACAAUUACACCAGCGAUAUGAUAAGGAUUACUGCCGAAUUUUCGCGUGACCUGAGUGGUCGUAAGAUUAUAGAGAAGAAAUCAAUCAUCGUCAAAAUCUCGCCUACACUCGAAAAUAUUAUUCGAUACAAACUUGUAAGUUGGUUUAAUUUAUACAAUGUUUUUGACAGAGGAGAGGGAUGAGGGAGAGAGUGAGAG